AUGGCAAGUGACGAGAAAUCCAAGAACCCCUACGAGGAUCUAGAUCGCCAUGAGCGAGAGAUAUCCUCAUCUCAAGCAGAGGAAACAUUCGCUGCUGAUGAACAACCCCCACAGUACAGCCCUCCUGAGGUGACAGCAGGGAGCUCAUCAGCAGCUGCAACAAGAGAGCAGCCAUCAGCUCCAAGGUCAGCGAGAAUCAUCGCAAUUCCCGCGAUCGCGCCUGCAAACGAAUCACCCUUUCUCCGCGCCUAUGCACCAACACUGGCAAAGCACCAACUACCAAAGGAAUCGUUCAUGAGAUUCCUGGACCAGUUGAAUGAUGUCGUGACUACCAGCCCACCAAUGCAGGUACUAGAUGCAACAGGUGGGGUGCUUAGGUCCGUCCCGAUUUUGUUCCCGCUGCAUUGGAUUGGCUCUAUGGUGAGCGGCCUCGCCAAUCUGGGUAGUCAUGGGAUCUCGAAAAGUCGCUCUGAUUCCACGAUUCGUCAGGCGAACAAAGAUCUAUUCGAACCACGAGGUUUGAAGGUUGAGAUCGCCAAGUUGGACGCUGUCGCUCAUAUCGCCAAGAUCCCAAUCCUGAAUUCUCAGGGGAAGGUCGACCCAGAUGCCCCUCUAAUUCGACAAUUGAGUGGACUGUCUAUGGUUGAAUCUGACCUGGCGCAGGAAGUCGAUAUACAGCAGCGCAGGAUUCAGAUAUUUCAGCCCUGGAUUGCUGAGCUUGACGUUGAUUGUGCUCUUCCGUGGAGUCAAAAAUCAAGAUUGACGCGGUUCAAUGCGGCUCUUAAGAAGAGAAAUGAGGGCGGGCGGAACCGAGGCCAAGAGCCGGGUAAAGAUGAAGAAGACUCUGACCUUCGAAAGAGUCUUUGGCUUGUUAUUCGGGAAAUGGGUGAUGAGAGCACAGCGGGUUCCGCAGCAAGGAAUUGA